GGAAAAACAGCAGCCACAUACAGGUGGUAGGGUCCGGGACGUUGGUCAUCUCCAAGGUCAAUGAGGUGGACUCUGGUGUCUACACUUGUAGGGCGGUCAACUCUGAUGACUCGGUGGAUGCUGACGCCACACUCAAAGUAUUGGGUGAGCAAUGUCUUGUGUUGAGCAAUGUCUUGUGUUGAACAAUGUCUUGUGUUGAGCAAUGUCUUGUGUUGGGGUGAGAUUUGACCCUCCAAACUCCCCUCUCUGACACACCGACGUCAUAAUUAAUGGGCGUCUUGUUUGUUCCGGUGUUUACACAAACUUUUUUAACAAACAUUACCCCACUUACACAUUCCUGUUUUAAUACUGUUUGGGCCGAGGUCAGUCCCUGCAGCCUAAUAAAAAAGAAAAUCUCACCUUUGUUUUUUAAUACUUCUAAUGGUGAAAUGACUCAUUAAAUUAUUCUGUCUCAACAGGUUUUCAGAGGUGUGUCAUAAUAAAUGAAGGCUAUUAGAGUUUAAAUGGUCGUACCCAUAUUAAAAUUAAUAUUAUCUAGUAAUAGUAAUAAUAAUAAUUUGGAUGCAGCUAAUCAAUAUGGCAGAAGAUAUUUUUUUCCAGCUCACUCAUCUUAAUCUAGAUAUCACUACAAUAUUGUUCUUUUUUUUAUCAUAUUAAAAUGUUUCUAUCAACAGUCCCGCCCAGCUUUAUGCAAAUACCUAAAAGCACAUACGCCCACAAACAUUCCGACGUGAACUUUGACUGCGAGGCCUACGGCAUCCCUCGCCCAGCGAUCUACUGGAUGAAGAACGGGGAGCUCCUCAAACCAAGCGACUACUUCCAGGUCUCGCCAGAAGGCAGCUUGAGAAUCCUCGGCCUGGUCGACUCGGACCAGGGAAUAUACCAGUGCUUUGCCGAGAACGAGCUGGGAGAAAUACAGGCGGCGGCGCAGCUUCUGGUCGUCAACGAAGGUGGGUGCGCUUGAUGUGACGGGGUUCUUUGUUUGCAACCUACAGCCGUGGUAGAAUCUUAGUGCAGAAAAGUGAUGUUAAUGUUGUUGUUUUAGUAGGAAAGUAGACUAGUUAAUUGGAUGAUAAAACUUGACUAGGACAGCACCAAGGGUUAGAUAUGAGGUUUGAAGAUUCGUUAUUACAGUUAUUCAUUAACGUGUGGCAAAACAAAGGUUAAGUCAUUUGAAGGAAUAAAAAAAGUUUGAAACUAGUUUUAUAACAAAAAACUGAAGUUUCUACAGUAUUCUUAAAUGUUUAAAUAAAAUUACUUUAUCUCAAUAGUAAGGAACAAUGUCCCUUUUUGGCAGUGCGCUCACAUGAGAUAUGUGUUGAACCAGCACUUCCACAAAAAAUUUAACAUAAUCUUGAUUAAUGAUGAUUAUUAAUUUCAUUAAUUUUUUUAAUCAUUAUUGUUAUUAUUAUUAGUGCACAGCCUAGGGCUGGGCUCACCGCGCUGUACAUAAAAAUAUUAGCAAAAGAGACAUAAUCUUGACAUUAAAAUAACAUACAUUUAUGUAACAAAGAACAGCUGUAUAAGAGCAAAACAAAAACAAAUGUAUAUUCAACCCACCCACCCCAGAACUUUUACAUCCAACCUGUAAAGUGUAAAAAAAAAGGGGUUUUUUUUGAUUUUUUUUAAAGUACAGUUAUAUUGGUUCAAACCAAAGUACAGUUAUAUUGGUGCAAACCAAAGUACAGUUAUAGUGGUGCAAACCAAAGUACAGUUAUAGUGGUUCAAACCAAAGUACAGUUAUAUUGGUGCAAACCAAAGUACAGUUAUAGUGGUUCAAACCAAAGUACAGUUAUAUUGGUUCAAACCAAAGUACAGUUAUAUUGGUUCAAACCAAAGUACAGUUAUAUUGGUUCAAACCAAAGUACAGUUAUAGUGGUUCAAACCAAAGCACAGUUAUAUUGGUUCAAACCAAAGUACAGUUAUAUUGGUAAAGUACAGUUAUAUUGGUGCAAACCAAAGCACAGUUAAAUUGGUUCAAACCAAAGUACAUUUAUAGUGGUUCAAACCAAAGUACAGUUAUAUUGGUUCAAACCAAAGUACAGUUAUAUAGGCAAAGUACAGUUAUAUUGGUGCAAACCAAAGUACAGUUAUAUUGGUUCAAAGUACAGUUAUAUUGGUGCAAACCAAAGUACAGUUAUAUUGGUUCAAACCAAAGUACAGUUAUAAUGGUGCAAACCAAAGUACAGUUAUAGUGGUUCAAACCAAAGUACAGUUAUAUUGGUGCAAACCAAAGUACAGUUAUAGUGGUUCAAACCAAAGUACAGUUAUAUUGGUUCAAACCAAAGUACAGUUAUAUUGGUUCAAACCAAAGUACAGUUAUAGUGGUUCAAACCAAAGCACAGUUAUAUUGGUUCAAACCAAAGUACAGUUAUAUUGGUAAAGUACAGUUAUAGUGGUUCAAACCAAAGUACAGUUAUAUUGGUUCAAACCAAAGUACAGUUAUAUUGGUUCAAACCAAAGUACAGUUAUAGUGGUUCAAACCAAAGUACAGUUAUAUUGGUUCAAACCAAAGUACAGUUAUAUAGGCAAAGUACAGUUAUAUUGGUGCAAACCAAAGUACAGUUAUAUUGGUGCAAACCAAAGCACAGUUAAAUUGGUUCAAACCAAAGUACAGUUAAAUUGGUUCAAACCAAAGUACAGUUAAAUUGGUUUAAACCAGAGUACAGUUAUAUUGGUUCAAACCAAAGUACAGUUAUAUUGGUUCAAACCAAAGUACAGUUAUAUUGGUGCAAACCAAAGCACAGUUAAAUUGGUUCAAACCAAUGUACAGUUAUAUUGAUUCAAACCAAAGUACAGUUAUAUUGGUUUAAACCAAAGUACAGUUAAAUUGGUUUAAACCAGAGUACAGUUAUAUUGGUUCAAACCAAAGUACAGUUGUAUUGGUUCAAACCAUGACUGUGCAAAGAUUAUGCUUAAAAAAACAACCUUGCUAACCGGAAGUCUCCAUGUCACUUGAUCAUGUUUUUGGUCUAACGAGCUUUCUGGCUAGUGGACAGAUGCCCGUGAUAAAGUCUGUGGACCCUAUCUGACCUAUCUCUUAGCUGAAACUUCAGUUUUUAUAACGCAACAACUAUUCUUCUAGAACUCACAAUAAAAAACUCACUGUUACAGUAAAGCUGCUAACAUUUCAAUCUCAUGUAUAGAUUAGAUUAAAAAGCCUUUAGAGAAAAGUGUUAAAGUUUUAAUUCCCUACCAGAUCAAAAUAAUUUGUUAAAAAGAUCCCCCUUCCCCCCUUUUUCCUUUUUGUGUGUGUUUUAUUUAUUUAUUUCAGUUUAUAUAAAUCUUUAAAUGCUUUUUCUUUGGGGCAUGAUCCAUUUCAUUUGUGUUUGGUGUUAGAUUUGUGCCUCACCAACAAAUUUAUCAGUUCUCAAGCUAUGAUCUUUGUGGUCUAUUUAUGUGGUGUGAUUUUUUAAAUUGGUUUUUCGCAUGAUGGUACCAAACAUUGAACACACAGCAGGGCUCUUUUGUUCUGUUAAAAAAGUCUAUGUUGGGGAAACUAUUUUUUUAAUUUGGCAUUAAAAUUAGUAAACAACUGAUGUGUUGUACAUGUUAGUAAAUUAAUGGGAGAAAUAGGGCAAGCAGUCUCGGGGUGGUCAUAAUUAUUUGUAACCAUAAACACAUUUAGGGGUAAAAAUACAAACUUAAUGUUUCAGUAACCCCCCCCCCCGAUUCAAAGAACACCCCACCCCCCCACACACACACACCUUUUUUAAAAGUAUCCCAGUCUCAUCAUUGUGACACCAUAGUUUUAAAAUAACGUCCAUGUCAUUUGAAAGGGUUGUGGGGAGGCAGGGGUACAUUGGCGCCAUCAUCUUUGACUGCCCAGUUUGCCCUAAUAGGGUUGUAAAGCCAUUGCUUCUAAAUGUGUGACUUAAAGCUUUACCACUAAUAAAUGGCAGUCAACUUUAAAAGUUGCAUUACUGUUAUGGCACUGUUCUUAUUUUGCGAAACAUCUUGAUCAUUUCAUUUCCAUAUUUGUUGAUGUGAUUAAAUACUUUUGAUGACAAAAGCAUGUGCUAUAUAGACAUUUUGUGUUAUUGACUGACAUGAAUUUUGUUGGGUUUUUCCCUAAUUUCAGUUGCUUUAUGAAUUUUUUUUUUCUUCUUUUUUUUUUUUUAUUUUUUCUGUUUCUUUUUUUUUGGGUUUUUCCCUAAUUUCAGUUGCUUUAUGAAUUUUUUUUUUCUUCUUUUUUUUUUUUUCGUUUCUGUUUCCCCACCCAACUCCUAUGGUCCAACUCCUAUUUAUUGUUAAAUACCCCUUUACCAUUUGUUUAAAUUCUACCUUGCACCUGUUCUGUGUUCACACCAAAAAUUUAAAAACAAAAAUUAUUUAAAAACCACAUUUUUUAAACAAAACUUCCGAUAAAUUUGUUUAAAAUAUGUAAUUGAUGCCAUCUCUUUGGGUUUUUUCAAUGAACUUUCUUGUUCCCAACCCAUUGUGUACUGUUAAUCAAUCACUCUGCAUUCAAUUCACCGCUGCAUUAUGGCGCACCCUGGUACCACCUUACAAUAAUAAUACGCUUGUUGUGUGUGUGUGCUUCUCAUUUUCACUGUUAACCACAUCAAUCAACGUUGUUGAUUUUUAACCAUUUAAUUUCAAUGUCAUUUUUUAAAAAUGUUUUUGUUUAAAUUUUUAACAAAAAUUAAUUACCUGUUUAAUUUUAACAAAUAUUUUAAAUGGCCUUUUAAAAAAAAAAUCAAUUUACUUUUUUUCUUCAUUUAUUUAAAUUGAUGGAUCAAUUUGCUUGAAAUAAAAUAAAUGAAUCUUUAAAUUAACUUUUCACUGCACACUUGCACACACAAUACUUGGAUUUAUUUUUUUUAAAAUUUCAUACUUCCUUUUUUAAUUCCUUUAUAACAAUAUUUUUUUUAAAAACGUAAUGAAUAUCUACCAUAAAAAUAAAAUAAAUGAAUCUUUAAAUUAACUUUUCACUGCACACUUGCACACACAAUACUUGGAUUUAUUUUUUUUAAAUUUCAUACUUCCUUUUUUAAUUCCUUUAUAACAAUAAUUUUUAAAACGCAAUGAAUAUCUACCAUAAAAAUUUAAAAAAAAAACACAAUGUUUUCUAAAAUGUCAAAACAUUUGUUGGCAAUGUUAAAACAUUUGUUGGCAAUGUUAAAAACACCCAGCCCUUCCGCUCCCCUCCACCGCCUACUCCCACCCCUAUGCCUUGCCAGCAGGUGCCCUGUACUCGGAGUCUCACUCCAAGGCGCCGGUGCCCACGAACCUCCGGACAGCGCUGGUCUCCAUACGUUUUGUCACCAUUACCUGGGAUCUCCCCAACGUGCCGGCAGCCAAGGACAUUACGUCUUUUUCUGUGUUUUGGAGAGAAGUUGGUUCAGAGAGGUGAGUUGAAAGAGAUGCUUGCCAUUUUUGGUGGCUUCUUUAGCAUUUAUUAAUGUUUGCUGAAUAAAUUUGGAUUAGAAAUGGUGUUUCUAAAUCAAUCUAUGACAUUAAAAAAACAACAGUACAUCAGAAUAAUAAAUAUAGAGCUACUUUUUGGUGUAAGUUGAUAUUUAUUUAUUUUUUUAAAGAGUUUACCCUAGACUUUCGCACAACACUUUAUAAAACUAAUGUAAUUUAUUGAAUAGUAAAAAAAAAAAUUUAAGCAAAAAGUAUAUUCAGAAUACAUGAGUAAUGAAAAUCUAAUAUUUGAAGUUACAUGCUUGCAUAAUGUUCACAGAUAUUAUAAAGAUGUGCAGCUCUAAAUUGGGCUUAGGAAAAAAAUCAACCCUGUGGUUCAGGGAAAAAAAAUCAUCUUGAUCUGUAUAAUUCUCUGGUUCAAUGUUAUAUACACAUAACAGUUCCCUCUGCCAUUUCAUUUUUUAAAAUAAUGUUUAUACUUUACAACCUUAUUCCAGACCUGUUUGCUCUUACAAUUUGGCGUACAAUGUACGAUUUUGAGGUGUAUACAUUAUAUUCAUUAUAUAAACUUUAUUUUUAUUUUUUUGCUAUUAAGAUAAUGUAUUGAAUGAUUUUUGUGAUUAUAUUGUAUGGUUUUAAGAGUUUGAGGGUAAACAGGUCUGUUAUACCACAGUAACCUGCUUCAAUGACCCCUCCUUCUUUCUCUCCCCUCUGCCCUCCCCUUUUUCCUGAAUAUUGCAUUUCUAACAACGAGAUUGUUAUAAGAACUCUGUGUGUGUUUUCAGAGAACGUGUCAGCAACACCACAUUACGGGAGUUCAACAUUCAAGGUCUGAAGCCAAGGACAGAGUAUGAGAUUCGUGUACGCGCGUACAACAACCAGGGUCCCAGCCAGAGGGAGGCCAAGAUAAAUGUAGUCACGGGAGAAGAUGGUAGUCUAUGUUUUAAAUAAUGAAGAGUUUAAUUUAACUUUGGAAGAUUUUUGUUUACAUUUCAGUUUAAAUCUAAGGUUGUGUCUGUACUAUAGGCAAGGGUAUUUAAUCAUUAACACUGUCUAUAAGAAUCUUUUUUUUAUUUUUAAAUCUUUAUUUUUCGCACAUAUUGAGCACAGCAUUACAGCCUUACAUACAUACCUAGAGAAUUAUCAUUUGUGAUUGAACGAAGAAAAUAUUUAUUCUUAUUAUUAAUUAUUGGUUUGUUAACUAAGAAUAGAGGUUUUUAUAAAUAAUUAAUUAUUGGUUUUUAUACUCAUAAUAUAAGCAUUCAUAUAAUUAAUUAUUGGUAGUGUACUCAGAAGAUAGGUUUCCUUAUAAUGAACUAAUGCUUAAUGAUUUAAUGAACCAUCAUUGGUGGUAUUGUAUAAAACUAACACCUGGUUUCUGUGCAGUGCUGGUGCCCAGCCCGCCAACCAACCUGCAAGCCACAACACUCUCAUCUACCAGUAUCAUGGUGAAGUGGGAUCCACCCCUGGAACCCAAAGGGACAGUCAGGUCUUACACUCUCAUUUCUUACAAGGUAAAUGUGUAAGUUUAACACAAGAUAACUAUUAAUGCAAGAUAAUUGUUAAAAAUUUGUGCAUGUUUGAUUUUACAUAAUUGUACACUUGUAACUUUUGUUGAUUAUUAAUUCUUAAUUUUAGGUAAUUUGAUAUAGAAUAUUCAUUACAAAGUCAUGGAACUGAAUAGUUGUAACUCAAUACACCUAUUUUAUUUGUUACUCAAUACACCUAAUUUAGUUGUUAUUCAAUACACCUAUUUUUAGUUGUAGCUUAUUAAACUUAGCAUUAGUUGUCCCCCAUUGCACCUCUAUGCAACCUGACCACUCAUAUAAACUACAUUGGUUGAAACCCAAUACACCGACAUGCAAACCUGUUUACUCUUACAAUUUUGGUGCACAAUGUACAAUUUUGGUGCACAAUGUACAAUUUUGAGAUGUCCUUUAGGAUUAUACAUCAAGACCUGUGAGAACUACGAUUUUAAGAGACCGUGCUGAAAGUAUUAAGUCCACUGAAAUAUGACAGCCACGUUUUCAUAAUGAAGUGGUCCUAUUGUUGCUUUUUUGUUUUCCAUAAUGAACUCGCUAGACAUGUCAACAGUAAUGUUAGAGUAAUAGCCCCAAUGACACUUUUAGUCAAUUCUCACUUUUGUCUGCUUUGGUGCUUUAUGACUAAACUCUAUGACAUAAUGCUCUACCAGAUCACCCAAAAAUGCAUUGAUAUCUAUAGCAGAUACAUGUAUGCAAAACUUAGGGCUGCGGACUGCAAUAUAAAUGACAGUUCUCUACUUUUUUUUUUUAAACUCGAUCCUACCGAGCAAGUGAUACGAAUAGUUAUUGUAUACGUUAUAAAUACUGUAUGUAUAUUUAUUUACUAUUAAGAUGGUGUGUUGUGGCAAUUUUGAGAUGACGUACAACUUUAGGAGUUUGACGGCAGGCGGGUCUGCUUAUACGUAGCCUGAGCACUCAUUCAACCUAUAGUUAGCUGCCACCCAAUACAGCUUGAUCUAGCUUUACCAUUCAUGCACAACAUGCAACAUAAUCAGUCAUCCACAUUUAUGCAUGCAGCUCCAUUGAACCUAUGAUGGUUGCAUGCCAAUUAUGGAAUGAAUAUUUUAUUGCUAUUUCAUUUCUUUGAUUUAGGUGGGUUCAAAGACUGAAGAUGAAUUAACAUUAACGGAAACCACAAGCACCUUGAAAAAUUUACAAAGUUUCAGUAAGUAAACUAAUUGCUCCUUAUUUGCCAAUUAGUAUAAUUUAUUUGCCAGUUAGUAUAAAUGAACUCUCUUAAGUAUGGAAACUCCUGAUUGUCUUUUAGGAUAAAGAUAGCGAAAAAUUUCUAGCGGCCCCUGUUUUUUGUGCCUGGACCAAGCCAAUAAAAAAAAAAAGUAGCAGUGAGCAAAGAGUCUACCUACCUUACCUAGAUGCCUGAUGUGUAAAAGAAAAAGAAGAUACAAUUCAUUACUUCUUUGCUAAACGCAAACACAUUUCGACUUCCAAGUUAAUUAAAUCUUAAAAAAUAUUCAAUUUUAUCCAAAAAAAAUCUCGCUGUUAAGUCAUUGCAUUGGGAUGAUCUUUCCAGGAGAGUACAGUUUCCGUGUUGUGGCGCUUAAUGAAAAUGGACCAGGUACAAGUACACCCGAGGUCCUGGCCAGGACGUACUCUGACAUACCGUCGGACGUGCCUCAAAACUUUACAGUGGAAGUUUCCAGUUCAACGGUCAGUGGCUGUUUGUUAACAUGUUUGCAUUGGUUGCUUGACCCGUACAUAAUAAUUUUAAUAAGAAAGUCACGCUGGCCAAAGAGGGUUUAUAGCUACAAAAUUAUUUAAACUCUUUCUUUUGUUAGACAGUACUCUGAUCAAUAAAUUAUUACUCUGAUCAGUAAAUUUUUACUCUGAUCAAUAAAUUAUUACUCUGAUCAAUAAAUUAUUACUCUGAUCAAUAAAUUAUUAUUCUGAUCAAUAAAUUAUUACUCUGAUCUGAUCAAUAAAUUAUCACUCUGAUCAAUAAAUUAUUACUCUGAUCAAUAAAUUAUUACUCUGAUCAAUAAAUUAUUAUUCUGAUCAAUAAAUUAUUACUCUGAUCUGAUCAAUAAAUUAUCACUCUGAUCAAUAAAUUAUUACUCUGAUCAAUAAAUUAUUACUCUGAUCAAUAAAUUUUUACUCUGAUCAAUAAAUUAUUACUCUGAUCAAUAAAUUAUUACUCUGAUCAAUAAAUUAUCACUCUGAUCAAUAAAUUAUUACUAUCAUCAAUAAAUUAUUACUCUACUCUGAUCAAUAAAUUAUUUUUUUCAGCUGCAUUUACAAACAAAAAUAAUUUGAAGUGAUAAGCUGAAAAAUAUAAUCUAACAAAUAAAACACAAUCUAACUAAUAAAUGUUCACUCAUGGUUAAAAAAAAAACAACAUUGCUACUUCAUAAACUUCAUAAACCCACCCUGUUCUCCUACCACCUAUUCCAUCAAAAAUUGGGGCUUUAGGGAGUGUAUAGCCCCCAGAAACACGAGAACUAAAGCUUUGAUUCAAAGUAAAGUAAAACUGGGACUUGACAGGUAGAUAAGGAGAUACUAAAUAUCGGAGUUAGAGACACAUUGCAAGAGGCCGGAAGUCAAUGAGUUUACUGGGAGUUUACAAAGGAAAGAAGAAGAAAGACAAAAAGUUGGACUUGUGUUUUACACGUUUUUUACUAUUUGUUGUUUGCAAUGUCCAGAGUUUGAUUGUGAGGUGGCAGCCUCCACCUGAGAAUGCACAGAACGGAAUCAUCACCGGGUACAAGAUCAGGGCCAGGCGAAAAGGAGCUGAGAGCAAAUAUGCCGAGACUUUAAUCACAGACGGUCACAGAAAUACGUACGCCAUAUUAGGUUAGUUACCCCCCCAUGUAUGUGGGACACUGAAAAGAUUAGACUUUUGGACCUCUAUGUUAUUUGCCAACUUCUUGGUGUGUACCAUGUGUGACACUGACAAAAAUGAGACCUUUGGCCUUCAAUUUUAUUUGCUAACCUUCUUGCUGUAUACAAUGUGGUCACAUUCAGCAAUGAUUUUUAUGACAUAGUUGUCUAUUUCAUGCUAUUUUGACCCUAAACAUAUCUAUCUCCAGGUCUAAGGGAGGGAACUGAGUACCAAGUCAGGAUAUCGGCAAUGACUAUAAAUGGCUCUGGUCCAGCAACUCCGUGGGAGGUGGCAACAACUUACAAGGAGGACCUUCAAGGCAAGUUAUUCAUGUGAACCCUAAUUUAAGUUUCAUUUCUCAUUUUUACCACUGCACUCAACAGUGAAAAUGCCACAGAAUAUUUUUACCACUGCACUCCACAGUGAAAAUGCCACAGAAUAUUUUUACCACUGCACUCCACAGUGAAAAUGCCACAGAAUAUUUUUACCACUGCACUCCACAGUGAAAAUGCCACAGAAUAUUUUUACCACUGCAUUCCACAGUGAAAAUGCCACAGAAUAUUUUUACCACUGCAUUCCACAGUGAAAAUGCCACAGAAUAUUUUUACCACUGCAUUCCACAGUGAAAAUGCCACAGAAUAUUUUACCACUGCAUUCCACAGUGAAAAUGCCACAGAAUAUUUUUACCACUGCAUUCCACAGUGAAAAUGCCACAGAAUAUUUUUACCACUGCACUCCACAGUGAAAAUGCCACAGAAUAUUUUUACCACUGCACUCCACAGUGAAAAUGCCACAGAAUAUUUUUACCACUGCAUUCCACAGUGAAAAUGCCACAGAAUAUUUUUACCACUGCAUUACACAGUGAAAAUGCCACAGAAUAUUUUUACCACUGCAUUCCACAGUGAAAAUGCCACAGAACAUUUUUACCACUGCACUCCACAGUGAAAAUGCCACAGAAUAUUUUUACCACUGCAUUCCACAGUGAAAAUGCCACAGAAUAUUUUUACCACUGCAUUCCACAGUGAAAAUGCCACAGAAUAUUUUUACCACUGGACUCCACAGUGAAAAUGCCACAGAAUAUUUUUACCACUGCACUCCACAGUGAAAAUUCCACAGAAUAUUUUUACCACUGCAUUCCACAGUGAAAAUGCCACAGAAUAUUUUUACCACUGCACUCCACAGUGAAAAUGCCACAGAAUAUUUUUACCACUGCAUUCCACAGUGAUAAUGCCACAGAAUAUUUUUACCACUGCAUUCCACAGUGAAAAUGCCACAGAAUAUUUUUACCACUGCAUUCCACAGUGAAAAUGCCACAGAAUAUUUUUACCACUGCAUUCCACAGUGAAAAUGCCACAGAAUAUUUUUACCACUGCAUUCCACAGUGAAAAUGCUACAAAACAUAUGCUAAAAGUGAUUUUUUUAAAAAUUAGUUUGUUUGUUGAAAUAAUUUUUUUUGCCUUGUCCUUAAUUACAAUACGAAGUAAUUUUAAAAACAACUUAGUUACUUGAUGUUUUCUUUAUAAAACCUAUUGAGCAAUCCAUCCACAAGUACAAACAAUGAACAUUUAUUGGGAAUCAUUUUAUGCUGUGUCUGUACAAAUUAUUAGACCCUUCUGAUUUGCUGUUUUGAUUUUGUUUACACCAAUCUUUGUCCUGGCAGAGUCUGAAGUCCCAGGUCAACCUGCCCACCUUUACGCCCAGCCAAAAGCCAACUCUAUCAUUGUCUCCUGGGCCCCACCUUCACCCCACAGCAAGAUUUUGGUCCGAGGCUAUGUGCUUGGCUAUGGGAAAGGCAUUGAUGAUGUAUUCAAACAUUCAUUGGAUUCCAAUACGCAUGACUAUCACAUAAAAAAUUUGCGUGAGUCUUAACCCAUAGUUAUCAAAGUUUUUUCUUUUUAAUUAUAAUUAUUCUUUUUCCUGAUUCUCGGCAACCAUUUGAAUGUUGAUAAAGGAUUUAUUCAAAAACUGUUUAAAUUGUGGGAGGUUGAAAAAAAUUCACUUCAAAAUAAUACAAUUCAUUUAAUAUAAUUAAGGCACUAUCAAAAUCAAAAACCAAUCAUCAUUUUUAAUACCAAUAAUUGUAAAUCUCAGUUGGGCAGUAAGUUGUUUUUUUUUUUUAUGUUGUCAAUAAGGCUUAAUCCAGACCUGUUUACCCUCAAAUUCUUAAAAUCGUACAAUAUCAUCACAAAAUCGUUUAAUACAUUAUCUUAAUAGGAAAAAAAUAAACAUACAGUAUAGAUAAUGUGUACACCUCAAAAUCGUAAAUUGUACGCCAAUCCAAAAUCGUAAGAGUAAACAGGUCUGUUAAUCAUACAGUCAAACCUCUAUGAGGCUGUCUUAAACCUCAUUUUUUUUACUAUAUUUACCUCUUAACAAUAGUGCUAACAUUUAUUAAAUAAUUCUGUGAAAUCUUGUUAUAGGUCAAAUAUUCAAGAAACCUUUUAAAGCUUAUAUGCAACACUAGGGUCAAACUUUUGUAGCAAAUCUUAAUGUUGAACUAAAAUUAUUGGUCAUUACACACAUAAACUGAUGAAAUUAGUUUUUUAACUUGAUAUUUAUAUGAGUUUGUUAUGUUGCCCUUUCAGAGCCUAAUUCACAGUAUGUGAUCACAAUUCGAGCAUUUAACAACAAAGGUCAAGGUCCCAGCAGAUAUGAGACAGUCAAUACACCAGAAGAUAUGGGUAAUUUUUUCGUCCUCCUAUUUUUACUACCUUAAUUUUUCUCCAUUAUUUCUCCAUUAUAAAAUGUUUGUGAAGAUUUUAUUAUUAACAUUAAUGCAAAAUGUGACCUAGUCUUUUUUUUAACCCUGGAGGUCUGUUCAUUAGCCUAUGAAGUCUGUGUAUAUUUCUUCUUCCAGAGAUGGAGCCUGCCACGCCCAUGCUGCCUCCAGUGGGGCUCAACGCGCACGUGUUGUCCGCUUUCACAAUCAUACUGACGUGGGCAGACAAUUCACUCAGCAAGAAUCAGAAGAUCACAGACAACCGUUACUACACCAUCAAGUACAGGCAGGUCAAUGUCAGGGGAAGUAAAUUCAGGUAAAAACACUCAUUUGGUUGUCUUCUCAUGUCUGGCCAGUUUCUCCCCUAGUAACCCCUUCCUAUGUAAUAAAACCAGGGACAAAUUUGACAUGUAGUAGUACCCGUACUUUUAGACAGCAUCAGAGCUCAGGAGGAUAGCGACAACAACAUGUGGAAAUAAUCAUCUUAAGUGAACGAUUAUGGUGAAGUAUACAUUAUAUAAUCUGUUUGUACACAGAGUGUGGUAUUGUGUCGAGCAGUAUGAGGGCAAGUCUCCAAUGUGAUAGUUUUAGUGACAUAUCUUGUAUAUUAAAGCUGCCUGGCAGCCACUCGGCCAGAUGAGGCAUUAAGAUCAACCUGUUCCCAGCCUGUUCACAACCUGUUCACAGCCUGUUCACAACCUGUUCACAACCUGUUCCCAACCUGUUCCCAGCCUGUUCACAACCUGUUCACAACCUGUUCACAACCUGUUCCCAGCCUGUUCCCAGCCUGUUCACAGCCUGUUCACAACCUGUUCACAACCUGUUCACAACCUAUUCUUAACUUACAGCAAACAAUGUAGCCUCACUUAACUUGAUCUAAUAAUAUAUUAGUCAUAAAAUAUUUAUUAAAAGAAAACAUUUUUGUUAAAUUUUAAGUUUCCAUUUGUUACUGUUUAUUGUACAUUAUUAUUAUUAUUAUAAUUAUUAUUAUGAUUUCUGCAGUCUCAGCACUUACCACUCACUGCUCAUUCUCUGUCAUGUGAAUGUGCCCUAAGUUAUAAAGAAAUUUGACAUCGCUGCUCUAGAGAUAAAACGAAGUGUACUUAAUAGUGUAUCAGAUGUUAUUAGGUUAAACACAUCUUGAAUGAAUUGAAGCUGACGCUACUGACCUUGACUAUGCUUGGCACUCUACUAAUCAACUCCAUAACUUAAUUUAACAACUCUACCAGACAACUCAAUAACUUAAUUCAACAACUCUACCAGACUAACCACUCUACCAAACUACUCCAUGACUUAAAUUAACAACUCUACAAGACUAAGCACUCUACAACUCUAACAACCCUAUCAGGCUAACAUCUCUACCAGACAAUACCAUAACUUAAUUCAACAACUCUACCAGACUAACAACUCUGUCUUCAGUAAAUUAAUUGAACAAAAGCGUUUUCAGAUUUCCAGCAUUAGUGUGUGUCUUUUUUUUUUUUGGCAGGUUCAUCAACUCAACAGAUCUAAAUUACCACAUCGAAGGCUUACGUCCCUACACAGAAUAUGAAUUCAUGGUCAAGGUCAUCAAAGGUCGCCGUGAGUCAGACUACAGCAUGACCGUCACCAACAAGACGGAGGAGUUUAGUGAGUGGUCAAUUUUUUUAACUCCUGAACAUGUGGAUUUUUGACAUAGCAGUGAUAUCCGUGGAUUUUUGACGUAGCAGUGAUAUCCGUGGAUUUUUGACAUAGCAGUGAUAUCCGUGGAUUUUGACAUGGCAGUGAUAUCUGUGGAUUUUUUACAUAUCAGUGAUAUCUGUGGAUUUUUGACAUAUCAGUGAUAUCCAUGGAUUUUUACAUAGUGAUAUCCGUGGAUUGUUUACAUAUCAGUGAUAUCCGUGGAUUUUUGACAUAGCAGUGAUAUCUGUGGAUUUUUGACAUAUCAGUGAUAUCCAUGGAUUUUUUUACAUAUCAGUGAUAUCCCUGGAUUUUUGACAUAGCUGUGAUAUUCACUAGUUGUAUUUAAGUUAAGCCACUGAACACACAUUGCUUGUUUUUUUCACCUGUUGCAGUUAUAUAUUCAGAUGUGAGGUGGACGAAUUCUGCAACAUUUCAAAUUAAUGAAAUUGAAUGUGUUCAGUUUAAUUGGGAGUUAGUUUUUUUUAGAGACGUGUAACUUGUCGGGGCAAUGGAAAUAUUUAAAAAUAAAAUCUUGGGUCCACAAAAAGUGUGUUAUUUCUAGUCCUGGAAUACACCUAUGAAAACAGAACGUUUGUGUCUAAUUUCAAUGAAUAUAAAUUUAGUUACUUGCAUUUAAAAAAAAAAUAACAUUAGUUUGAUGGCUGAAUGAAAUUUUGCUGUUUGGUUUUUACCUAGUACCUGGCUCAGAACCACGUGACGUCACCCCCGUGCCGCUCGAAAACAACCCGCUGGCAGUGAGUCUUAACUGGCAGCCCCCGGCCAAGCCCAAUGGCCUGAUUACAGGUUAUCUGAUCUACUACACCAACGACCUGCACACUGAUGACAUGAUGUGGCCCGUGGAAGGUGUGGUUGGGGACAGGUGAGAGAAAUAGUCACUAGAGGUAGCAAGGGAAAGGUGAUGGGAUUAGCUUUUAACUUCACAGGCAAUGGAGAAGAUAGGGGACGGUGAGAGUGAUUGGUGGUUGAGGAUAAUUAGAGGGGAUAGUGGCAUGUUUCGUUAGAAUUGGGUGAAAGAAGUUGAAUUGAUGAUAUUGAAAUUGGAAACAGUUAUGUAUCUUAUAAUGUUCAUUAUUAUGCCAAGGAAGGAAAAAGUAGGCUAUAUCCAUAUAUUAUCCACAGGGAUAGAUAAGAUUAAUUUAUCCUGUAUAUCCAUGGAUUAUCAAAAGUGGUGAAUAAGAUUAAUGAAUUAUAUCCAUAGAUUAUCAACAGUGAUAGAUAAGAUUAAUUUAUCCUAUAAAUCCACAGAUUAUCCACAGUUGUGGAUAAGUUUAAUGCUUCAUGUCCAUAAAUAGUCAACAGUGAUAUAUAAUAUUAAUUUAUCCUCUUAUAUCCAUAGAUUAUCCACAGUUUUGUCUAAGAUUAACAAUUUAUAUCCAUAGAUUAUCGACAGUGAUAGAUAAGCUCACACCAGACACAAGAUACCAUUUCAAGGUUCAGGCUCGGAACUCUAAAGGCUACAGUCCCAAGAGUGUCCCAGUUACUUAUAUGACUCGUCCAGGUGAGUUAUUGUUACAUACAUGACCCAUCUGGUCAAUGCAUUGUAACCAAGUCUUAGUGCCUCCCCUUUGUCUAUAGGACUGAUGCAUAUGAGCUAGCAACAAUUUGUUCUUUAUGUAUUUUGUGUAACAAACUAAAUCUUAAUGUUACAAAUACAUGUCAAAAAGAUAUUAUUUUGUUCAUUAUCAAUAACCAUAAUGCUAAGUCAAACAGUGGGAUUAAUUUAACUAAAAACCACUUCUGUAAAGGCUAAGUCAAACAGUGGGAUUAAUUUAACUAAAAACCACUUCUGUAAAGGCUAAGUCAAACAGUGGGAUUAAUUUAACUAAAAACCACUUCUGUAAAGGCUAAGUCAAACAGUGGGAUUAAUUAAACUAACAACCACUUCUGUAAAGGCUAAGUCAAAUAGUGGGAUUAAUUGAGCUAAAAACCACUUCUGUAAAGGCUAAGUCAAACAGUGGGACUAAUUGAACUAACAACCACUUCUGUAAAGGCUAAGUCAAACAGUGGGAUUAAUUGAACUAAGAACCACUUCUGUAAAGGCUAAGUCAAAUAGUGGGAUUAAUUGAACUAAAAACCACUUCUGUAAAGGCUAAGUCAAACAGUGGGAUUAAUUGAACUAAAAACCAGUUCUGUAAAGGCUAAGUCAAACAGUGGGAUUAAUUUAACUAACAACCACUUCUGUAAAGGCUAAGUCAAACAGUGGGAUUAAUUGAACUAAAAACCACUUCUGUAAAGGCUAAGUCAAACAGUGGGAUUAAUUGAACUAACAACCACUUCUGUAAAGGCUAAGUCAAACAGUGGGAUUAAUUGAACUAAAAACCACUUCUGUAAAGGCUAAGUCAAACAGUGGGAUUAAUUGAACUAAAAACCACUUCUGUAAAGGCUAAGUCAAACAGUGGGAUUAAUUUAACUAAAAACCACUUCUGUAAAGGCUAAGUCAAACAGUGGGAUUAAUUUAACUAAAAACCACUUCUGUAAAGGCUAAGUCAAACAGUGGGAUUAAUUAAACUAACAACCACUUCUGUAAAGGCUAAGUCAAAUAGUGGGAUUAAUUGAGCUAAAAACCACUUCUGUAAAGGCUAAGUCAAACAGUGGGACUAAUUGAACUAACAACCACUUCUGUAAAGGCUAAGUCAAACAGUGGGAUUAAUUGAACUAAAAGUCAAAUAGUGGGAUUAAUUGAGCUAAAAACCACUUCUGUAAAGGCUAAGUCAAACAGUGGGACUAAUUGAACUAACAACCACUUCUGUAAAGGCUAAGUCAAACAGUGGGAUUAAUUGAACUAAAAACCACUUCUGUAAAGGCUAAGUCAAAUAGUGGGAUUAAUUGAACUAAAAACCAGUUCUGUAAAGGCUAAGUCAAACAGUGGGAUUAAUUGAACUAAAAACCACUUCUGUAAAGGCUAAGUCAAACAGUGGGAUUAAUUGAACUAAAAACCACUUCUGUAAAGGCUAAGUCAAAUAGUGGGAUUAAUUGAACUAAAAACCACUUCUGUAAAGGCUAAGUCAAAUAGUGGGAUUAAUUGAACUAAAAACCAGUUCUGUAAAGGCUAAGUCAAACAGUGGGAUUAAUUUAACUAACAACCACUUCUGUAAAGGCUAAGUCAAACAGUGGGAUUAAUUUAACUAAAAACCACUUCUGUAAAGGCUAAGUCAAACAGUGGGAUUAAUUUAACUAAAAACCACUUCUGUAAAGGCUAAGUCAAACAGUGGGAUUAAUUAAACUAACAACCACUUCUGUAAAGGCUAAGUCAAACAGUGGGAUUAAUUGAACUAAAAACCACUUCUGUAAAUACUAAGUCUAAGAGUGGGUUAUAUUAAAUUAAAAACCACUUCUGUUAAUUCCAAGAGUGGGGUGUAUUGACUAACGACCACUUCUGUAAAUGUUAAGUCAAAGGGUGGGGAAUAUAGUAGAGACCGACCGAAUUUCGGCUUUGGCUUCGAUUUCGGCACCGAAAAAGGCCAUUUUAUCACUUUCGGCCAAGUUUUGGUUUCGGCUGAAAUUGAAAGUUAAAUUUCGGCUUAAUUUCGGUUUCGGCCGAAAGAGAAAAGUUAACUUUCUUUUUUUUUCGGUUUUGGCCGAAAUUGACUUUGACUUUCGGCCAUCCCGACGAAAGUGACUGAGGUUUUCGGUCAUCUAAUACUCAGCGAAAGCGAUAUUUAACAACAAACUAAGCAACAUUUAAGAACAAACUAAACGAUUUUUAAGAACAAAUUAAGCGAUUGCUAAAAACAAAUAAAGUGAUCUUUAAAAUCAAAUAAAGCAAUCUUUAAGAACAAAUUAACCGAUCUUUGAGAACUAACUAAAUGAUCUUUAAAACAAACUAAGCGAUCUUUAAGAACAAUCUAAGCGAUCUUUAAUUAAAAAACUAAACAAUCUUAAAGAACAAACUAAGCAAUCUUUAAGAACAAAAAUGAUCUUUAAUAGUAAACUAAUUGAUUUAUAAGAAUAAACUAAGCGAUCUUUAACAGAAAACUAAAUGUUCUUUAGGAACAAAUUAAAUGAUCUUUAAGAACAAACUAAUCGAUCUUAAGGAACAAAAUCAAAGAUCUUUAAGAACAAACUAAGCGAUCUUUAUAAACAAACUAAACGUUCUUUUAAUAACACAAACUAAGCGAUCUUUAUAAACAAACUAAACGUUCUUUUAAUAACACAAACUAAGCGAUCUUUAUAAACAAACUAAACGUUCUUUUAAUUACACAAACUAAGUGAUCUUUAAUAACAAAUUAAAAGAUCUUUAAACAAAAACUAAGCGGUCUUUAAGAACAAACUAAGCGAUCUUAAAAAACAAAAUAAACAAUUUUUAACAACAAACUAAGUGAUCUUUAUGAACAAACUAACCCAUCUUUAAGAACAAACUAAACGAUCUUUAACAACAAGAUGUUAUAUUAGAUGUUUAUUUAUUAAUAUUCACUAUUAUCUCCUUUUUUUUAUAAAAAGAAUGUAAAUAUUUAUACUUUCCCCAAUCAUUUUCGAUGUAUGCAGAAUGUAUGCGGGAACGAAUUUAAAAUAUCUAAAUGUUUCGGCUUUUUUUCGGUUUCGCCCGAAAGUCAUUUUUAAACUUUUGGCCGAAAGUCAUUUUAAACUUUCGGCCUAUUUUCGGCUUCUGCCCAAAUCAGAAAAUCACUUUCGGUUGGUCUCUAGAAUAUUGUGAAAGGUUGACUCUUAAGGGCAUUCUGACCUUUGCUGUAAAAUAUCUGCUAUAUAACAUCUGCUCACUCUUGUUAUUUCUUCACCCCAGUCCCUCAGACAGACACCGCCAGUGCUGAGAAAGACAAAGGUCUGACUACCAAUGUUAUCAUCAUCAUCGGGGCUUGCGCUGCAGGAUUUGUGUUCUGCACAGUGGUCAUCAUCAUCAUCGUCUGUCUGUGCAAGUGUAGGGGGAACCGUUCAGCCAAGUAAGUCUGUUUACUCAAGACAACUCACUGACUCGAUUUGGUGACCUACGUCAGAGAUUCCUUGUACUAUCCAUUAUAUUGGUGCCUCCUUGAAAGUGACCAGAAAUUUCAUUUACUGUAAUUUGAUUUGUUAUUCUCUGAAAGUGACCAGAAAUUUUGUGUCGGAUAAUUUAAAAAUGUCACUCUCAGAAAUUGGUGUCAAUCUCCUCAAGACCUAUCAUUUCUUCAUUAUUUUAUGUAGCGUCCCAUAAAUUCUUCCAUUUCCAGCCAAAACAAAAAUCAAACCAAGCUCACAAAGGUUCCACCAUCAAACGUCAAACCGCCUGACCUUUGGAUACACCAGCCCAGUCACUUGGAACUCCAAAAGAUGGAGAGGUCUAAUCGCAGUGAGAGCUCAGCAUCUGUUGCCACUAGCACCUUGAGACGUGGCUCCCGGGGGUCAGCUGACCAGACAGAUGACCAGGCCUCAACGCUGGACAGAAGACGGAAUUCGUUUGUUGGUAAGAAGAAACUUUUUUUUAACAUCUGGGGGGAAAUAAAUUAUUGUAACAUCUAGAACUAAAAAAUAAUGUAACAUCUGGAACAAAAAAAAUAGUGGAACUAAGAAAUAGUGUAACGUCCGGAACAAAACAUUGGUGGAACUUAAAAAAACAGUAUAACAUCUGGAACAUAACAAUAGUGGAACUAAAAAAACAGUGUAACAUCUGGAACAAAACAAUAGUAUAACAUCUGAAACAAUUUAACUUUUGUAUAAUCUUAUUCCCCUUGUUCUUCCUUCUAUCAGAUGACCGGGGCUACCCCUCCAGUGGUGAGGAGAGAUACCAGCCCAUACAGCCACGUAAUCUCAUACGUCCCAAGCCUGUCACACUGCCACCAGAUGCACAAAUAUCUUUUAGAGAACGUAAGUUUUUAGCACAUAUAUAUGUGUAUCUAUUAUCUUACUCCAUUGACGAAAAUUCAAUAUGAGUUUGUAUUCAUUUGUGUUGAUGAUAAGGAGGCUGUAUGAAUUUGUUUGAUUUCAAUUGUUGGAUGAAAUGUCUAUGCAUUAUGUAAUGCUUUCGGUUCUGUUAAUUAAAAAAUGCAAAUUUUCAUUUCUAGCAUUGUCUAGGAUUUUUAAAAAAAUAAAAAAAUGUUUAUGUAGACCAUCUUUAUCAUCGUAUAUGCAAUGGAUGAUGAAACAAUAAGAUCUCGUGAAAUGAAAUUACUUAAUUAACAAUUUUUACCUUGAGAACAGGACAGUAGAAUUGUGUUCUUAAAUUUACCUGAAUGCCCCUUAGCUUUUUCAUAAACAAAAGAUCAUGGAAAGAGGAAAUAGUUACCUCUUUAUGAAUCAGCUAUUUCAUAAACAUAAGGUCAUCGAAAGAAGGAAAUAAUUACCUCUUUAUGAAUCAGCUAUUUCAUAAACAUAAGGCCAUCGAAAGAAGGAAAUAGUUACCUCUUUAUGAAUCAGCUAUUUCAUAAACAUAAGGCCAUCGAAAGAAGGAAAUAAUUAUCUCUUUAUCAGUCAGACUGCCCAUCAUAUUUUUUUGUAAUAUUGACAGCUCUGUAAACAUUUUUAUUUCAAAAUAAAAUGAACAAACCAAAAUGUGUGACUUAUUCCCUUGACCUCCACAGCAAUAGCCACAGUGACAGCAGCCCCUAACGGCCACAUACUGCAGUAUGGGGACAAUCCAGGUGGCCAGUUGCCCAUGCGUCCCAUCUACCCGCGGACGCAGUACAACACACAGUACACCAGCGCGGCAAGGGUGAACGCCGGAGACUUGCCACACACUUGCCCACCAACCAGUAAGGGUGUGUUACAUUGCGUGGCAAAAAAAUAUUACACAGAGAGUGCAAUGGAAGCAAACAAAAAAUUUUAAUAUUUUUUUUAUUGAUACAAGGCAUCAGGUUUUAUUUUUAUUUUAAUAAACAAAAUUAUUACACUUUAGGUCUAGUGCUAGUGCUACAGGCAGUGCUAGUGCUACAGCCAGAGUGCCCAAUAAUUUAUUGCAAUAAACAAAAUUAUUACACUUUAGAUCAAGUUCUGGUGCUACAGCCAGAGUGCCGAAUAAUUUAUUUAAAUAAACAAAAUUAUUACACUUUGUCUUUAGAUCGAGUGCUAGUGCUACAGCCAGAGUGCCCAAUAAUUUUUCUAAAUCUUUUUGGGGGGAAAAUUUAGUUAACAUUGCAGGAAGUUUUGGAUUAUCAGAGUAUUUUACUAUUACAAAGGUCAAUUUAGAAAUUAAUUGCAUACAUAAUGGAUGUAAUAUUCAAUACUGUUCAAAACUGUUUUUUGUUUUGUACAUUUAUAUUAAUAAACAUUGUAAUAAAUAUUUUAAAAAGUUUUAACCUUCCAAAGAAUAAAUUUAUUUUAGCUAUAAAUUAUAAAUUUGGUUUUAAAAAAAAUUAUUAUAAUAACUUUUACGAAGGUAAAUGUUUAAAACUUGUGCAUAGGACAAAAAAAAAUGUUGAAGCUUGUACAUAGAAAUUAAUUAUUUUACUAUUGUGGGAAACAUUUAAUUUUUACACUGAAACCAACUUUUAUUUUGUUUUUCUGCAUCUUGACAUUACUUGACUGUUUUAAUGAAUCAUAAUUUUCUUUGCUUAUAUACACACAUACUCCUGCUCCAAAGUUAUGUGUAGCCAACAUUUAUUUUAUUUGUGUUAAGUAACAAAAUAACAGCAUUGCAUGUUAUCUCAUAUAUUCCACCAACUACCACAAUUUGUUUUAGCCAGAGGUUAUUUAUUUGUGUUCCUUUCUUCCUUCUCACAGUCCACUUUAGUGCAACACUGCCUAGUUGUAGUGGGUAUUCCCGUUUAUCAGCUGUUUUGUAUAAUAGUUGUGUGGUAAUUGUUUUAGGGAAAUUCCUAUUUCUGUAGAAUUUCUUAGAAUUUGGGGACCUUAGAUACAUUUUGAUCUCUUGACUUUGAAGUAUCUUAGCGAUGAAGUGACCCAUUAAAUUCCAAAUUUUAUGUGUCUUAACCAGGGGCAUAAAAAUAUAUCGAAAACCACACAAUGACAAGCUUUUCAACAUCAAUGUUUAUUCAAAAGUUAUAAUUGGAGAAUCAAACAUUGAAAUAUUUUUUUAAAUAAACGUUCCAUCAACUCAUUAUUUUUGUGACAGACUUUUCCCUUGUCUUGUUUCUCGUAACCCCACCCUCUCCCACUUAAAAAGUCAUCCAUAUUUGUUUAGUAAGGAAGAAUUUACUUUAAAAUUCUAACAGCAUGUUUGUGCAUUUUUGUGUUUGCUUGUGUGCUUCCAGGCAAAAUUCUGUCCGCUGUGGAUGAAGAUGACCGUGACGGUAGCAUUGAAAUGACCGGUGGCAUGGAUGAGUCGUACAACUCAAGAAUCGGAUAUGGUUUGUCUACCCCUUAGCUUUUUAAUCCUAUCUUGUACUUGCAUGGCCGUCUGCUGUCUUUAUUUUAUUGGAAACACCUUGAUCCCAUGUUGGGGUGAGGGGAACAGAAGUAGCCCCCGCCCCCCAACAAGACUGUUUUAGCAGGGAGGGGAACAGAAAUAACCCCACUACAAGACUUUAUUUAAGAUGAGGGGAACAAAAGUAACUUCCCUUCACCUUACCCCCUCCCUCCAACCAAAAAAAAAUGAGACUAUUUUUAGGGUGGGGGGCAGAGGUAAACACACCCCCCCUCCCCAACAAGACUAUUUUUUGCUUGUACAAAUAUUUAUUGAGGUCAUUCAGCUUGCAAAGUGAUUUUUGGUAUAUAGGGUUAUAAAAUAUGAAUUAUCGGUUAUAAAAUAUGAAUUUGAACUUAUAAUAAUCUACAAAAACUUAUGCUUAAUUUUUAGUGAAAUUAAUACUUCAGUUAUAGAGACGAUGCAAUGAUUAAAAGUCUAAUUUAUUAAAAUGUAAAGAAGAUGAUCUGAUGUUAACAUUUUAAGAUGAAUUAUAUUUUCGGAAACUCAGAAAGUCGUGCUGAUUUUUUUUAGUUAGUUUUUUUCUAAAUACAAAUCCUACUGAUUUUGCUCAAAAAUUUUUUUAUCAGUACUAUGAAAACUCCUUUGAAAAAUUAGGGUCACAUUAGAAACAAAGAGGGAUGAAACAAAUAUGCAUGCUCAUUUAUUAUUCUUAGAUUUGAUUCAGUCAGUUGAUAUUCCAAACAUGCAAAUACCAGUCUUAUAUUUUUAUUAUAUGUUGCCACAUAACUUGCAUGACGAAUGAGACAGAAGCACACCCUUGCUGCAUGAUAAUCAGUAACAUCAUUAUUGCAGUGCAUCCUUACAUAGCACACUUAAUCAGCUUGAGCUUUAGUUAACAUGUGAUGAAAUCUUUGUUCCAGUGAAACCACAGCAAAGUAUAAGCCCCUACAAGAAGCCCACGGCCCCCGUCAUGUCGACACCCAGCAAAGGGCAGAGAACUCCCAUCUUCCACUCUAAAUCUCCA